AUGGCUUAUGCGAACGAAGAACUAGCUCCCGAAACAGAUCAAAAAGACAAGGUGAUGCUGAUCGUCUUGUUCUUUUUCAUCAUCAUCUUCUUUGGAGGCCUUUUUUAUCUCAUACAUUGGGAAGAACAAAACUGGCAUGAAGAAGAUGAGCGUAUCAGAAACUAUGUCCCGGAUAUUAUAAUACCAUCUAUGGAUUUCACGGUGCUUAAUCUGACAGAGACUCGUCGUAGUGUUAAAUGGGAUUUAGUGAUCAGGAUCCCUUCAGACCUUCCUGGUUACUAUACGUGUCUCAAAGGAUCUUUUCAGACUUUCAUACACUACAAAGGUGUUACCAUCGCUAAUUCAUCAUUGAGUUACAAUCUGAUACCAAAUUGGCCUCAGCUGCUUAAUACGUCAUCGGUUGCUUUCGAAGGUGAUAUGGACAGUGUGGUUGUGAAAGACAUUAUGGAGGAUAUUAAGGAGAGAAGAGACAUGCGGUUCGGAACACAAUUGCUUUUUCCUGAUUGCAGAUCUGGAAGGACGAUGAACUAUAAGUGUGAUGAAACGGCGUUGCGGUUCGAGCCUGGCUCUCAGAGGAAGGCAGCUACGUUUGAAAAAACCUCCCCCGUAUGCCACUAUAUUCGCCCCUAA